AUUUGUUAUAUUAAAAUUAGUUCGAAGAGAUUUGAUCCCGACUCUCCCUCUGCCACGGCGGCUUCUAGAUUAUUUGAGCACUCCUCAUUAUUAUGCUGAACAAUUGUUGGAAGAGGAACAUCAGAGAGCAAGUUCUGUGGGAACCUCACCAUCAGUGGAUGGUGGUUCACCGGCAGCUGCCUUUUUACCUCCCAUCUUUCCAUCACAUCUGCCUUGAGCCCUUUGAAGGGGCUGUGAAUAGUGUGGUAUAUUGUGCUUUAGAUAUGGCUCAUGUGAGGGUUACAUUUUAUAAUGAAAUGUCAAUUUUGAGUGUGACGUAAUUUAUUCUCUUCUCUACAAGAAAUAACUUGUGGCUAAUGGAAUCAUACCACAAGGAUGAUCAGAGAUAUGGCCAGUGUAUUGUCCUUAGGAUUUGAUCAUUAAAUGAACAGCAAUACAUGGGCAUGAGUGUAACUAGUCAAAGAAACUUCUCUGAGUUUGAGAAGUUUUGUGUCCGAAAUUGUAGAAAUACAGAAAAAUUGUGUAAGCCUAACGGCUGUUGGUGUAAAGGUGGCUGCUGUUACAUGCUUUACACAUGAUGCAAUUGCUGAUUUAGUAAUAAAACAAGAAAGCAAUGUACCGGGUAAAAAGUUGAUAAGAUACAGGGAACAAUCCGGCCAUUUACAAAAAUUAAUAAAAAUGAAAAUGAAUUGAAGAAUAUACAUCAUCAGAAGUCACAUGAUAAUAGGGCCUAAGAUGUGAAAAAAAAAUCCUUUAUUGUUUCUAGAGAUCUUUAAUGCUUUAAGUAACAGCACAGUAACGUAUUGUGAAUACAUAAAUAAGCUUCUUUUACAAUGCAAUAUCUCUAGCAUUUUCCCAGUACAACUCUGCAAUUUGACACAAUUGUUAGCAGCACAAUUGCAAUUAUAUCAUAUUUCGUAUUAAAUUGAUAACUUUUAAAUUGCAUUUAUUUCUUUUUAUGUAAUUCAUAGUGACACUUUGUUUCAUUUGUAAAUGUGUUUCUGGUAAUUUUUUAAUUUUAACCUGUGGUAUUCACUGUUAGGCAUGCUCAGAGCGUUCUUGGUUGUACUUCAUGGAUAGGAUAAGAAUCAGGGGCACAGAUUAUUAUUUUGGUGAGAUUUUAAAACUAUUUCAGAAGCAUUUAAAAUAAAAGAACUUAAAAGUAUUCUGGCAUGACAUCCACUUUAUUUCAGUGAAUUGGUUAGGUUCAAGAUCAUUAUGCUUUAAAAGUAUGAUUACUGGAACACUUUUAAGAACUAUUUUAGUCAAUUUUUCAUACUUAUUGUUGAUGGAAAUAAAAAUGUUUGUUUAUGUAAAUAUUUAUUGUUAUCAACAUUUUAGAGCACUGAGAGAAAAGACUUGAAUGAAAAUUUUUAAUACUUUGAUGAUUUGUUUUGAAUGUAAACUCCACAAACAACACCAAUUUUUUUGUCAAAUUAAGAAUAUAUUUUAUCGUAUUGUUCGGUUGGGUGUGUAAACAAAAGUUGUUUCAGAGUUAGUUUCCAUUCACACAUUGUUCUGAUUGAGAAUUUUUGCUACAUUAAAAUUUCAAAUAAAACUCGAGAAUGAGAAAAAGAUUGAGACAAUUUUUUUCCAUGGAAAAUUUAUUCCUAAACACAACACUUCAGGAAUCUCAGGAGAUGAACAAAUCUCUUUCUUGUUUGCAUUAAACUUGAUAUGAUUUGUGAUUGAAUACAGCUAAAAUUGUUUAAUAGAAUGUAAAUUUGUGAAAUUCAUUAAUUCACUAUAUUUCAUGCCAAAAGACUAAAACAAACUGAUGUUUUACAUUUGUUAUCAGAAUUAUAUACUUUGUUUAAUAACUUUGCAACAAUGUAUUAAAUUGUGGGAAUUAAUGCGGUGUUUGUUUGUUUACAAAAUAUUCUUUACUGAGUGCAAUAAGAUGAUGUAAACAUUCAACUAAAUUUAUUAUGUUAUUUAGCAUUUUUAUGUGCACAUAAUAUGAGAGAAAAGUGUUUUAUAAAAUCUUGAAAUGUAUGUUGUUGGUUAAUCAGCUCCAACAAAUCUGCUGUGAUAGCUUGCAGGAGACCACUGACAUUGGUGCUCUUUUAAAUAUGAAAUAUAUAUUGUUUUGUUACAUAUUAGCUCAUUUUAAGUUUGUAAGUAUUUGUAUUUGCAGUAAUAUGUUUUAGAAGUUGAGAGCAAGUCUAUCUCCUUUCAGUUUUUUUUUUCCAAGAAGACAACUGUGUCUUAUAGCAUCUAAUUGGUAUCUAAGAAAGCAUAUAAUGUGUGGGGAACCUGUAUUGAACUUCCAUAGCUGUGAAGGUGGUGCAGAGAGAAGUCAAACUUAAAAUUUUCAACUAUAUAGUUAUGUCACGGAUUGUAGUAAAAUCAUGUACACAAGUUUAUUAUUACAAAGCAAAUUAAUAAAUGCCUAAUUCUGUAAUUAGUUAUGAAGAAAAUGAUUUGAUUAAUGUUCUGGGGAAGCAUACAAAUAAUUUGUAAUUAUUGGCUGUAGCUUUUGAUGAUCAACAGGCAACUAUUGUCAAAUGCAUGUUCAUAUUUUUUUUAUUAUAAUACAUCUCCAAGACUGCUAAUGUAAACAUUUGUAUUGCAAUGAAACUUAACAAAAAGUACCAUAUAGAAUUAUUGCUAGAUUGCAACACAAGAACACAAUAUUAAUUUUGUGAUUCUGAUCAUAAGAAUUGUACUGUCAGCAGAGGUACACACAAGCAGUGAAUAGGUGUUAUAAUGGUUUCAUGUUAUUGAACAAAUCACUUGGUAAGCCCUUACUAAUGGGGCUCUUCACCACAAAUUAAAGAAAUGUUUGACGGGAAUAAUCUCAAUUUGAUAUUUUCUAUCAUUCUAAGAUUAUGUGUCAGACUCUCUCAAAGAUGCUUUUUCAAGAUACUUGCUCAUUGCUGUUCUAGACAUCAGUGUUUCUUCAGAAUGUAGUUGCAGUGUAUUUUAGGGAUUUCACCAACACAUUUUUUGAAAUAGAGGACAGUUCUUUUUAAACAUGAAGUGUGUUGGAAUGUGUACUAGUACUUUCAACAUUUAUUUCACAUCUUGACACAGAUUGCAAUAUUGAUGGGCUGACAUGAUACAGCAAUAUCACUGCCAAUGGUUAAUGAAGAUAAGAGAAAAAGUAUGUAUGAAUUAAAAGAAGUACCUUAAAACAAUGAGCUAAAAUUAUUACUCAUUGUAAAAAAUGAGUGUAUCCAUAAAUGAGUGUGUAGGCCGUACAUUCACAUGUGUCUUGCAAGUAUAGAGAGUUAUUUGUUUAUUAAUGGGAAUGGUAUGAGCAAAAAAGCAGCUUUGAAAAUUCAUGGAACUUUUAGAUGGUUUAAAUUAUUGAGAAUUGCCAAACGGUUUUUGUAGGUAAUUGGCUCGUCCAUUCUUUCCUUCAUUUAGAAGGAAGCAAUAUUUAAAUGUCCAGAAUAGAUUGUGAUAAAAGUUUUCCUGGUAUACAAUAAUCUUCAGAAAAGAAAAAAAAAAAACUAUUUUGGCAUAGAAAACAAUUUGAUAAAUUUGUACUUUGAAACUCAAAUUUAUAAGAAAUGUAUUUAAGAUUUUUCAGGGUAUGUAAAUACUCUGGGAGAAUGAAGUGUUAUUUUCUUCUUCUGUUAAAAUUGUUUAUUUUUAUGUUCCAAAAUGAAUAUUAGUUCCAAAUUAUAAUUCAAAGUCGUUUCCUUUGCAUAUAAACUACAUUGGCUAACAGGUUUUGAUUUGCAAGAUGCAUCACAAUAAAUAUAUUUCAUUAAUCAACACAAUUUCACUCCAACCCCUUUUCUUGGUUCCUAAAAAUUGUAGGCCUGCUGCAGUGAUAGAUACAAUCUUGUGUGGAAAUAUGAUACAUUACAGUUUCCUGAAUGAAGUGCUAAUUGGAUUUUUUGUCAUUUUGUUGAAUUGUGGGUGUAACUCGAACAUGUGAUGUGGAAAUGGACCAGUAUUGUGGCCAUAAACAUAUCAGUAGCAUGCUGUUAGAUGGAGUUAUUUAAUAAAUUCUGAACAUUUCUCUUGUGAACUAUUUCUGAAUAUUACUUUUCACAUAGAAAUAGUCUAUUUUAAGUUUUGCAAAGGGAAAUAUAUAUUGGUUAAUUAUUUUUUGAUGUUUGAAAUUGCGGAGGUGUCACGUUUGGUACGAUGUUUCUAGAGUGACCUUGCAAUUGAUUGUGAGGUUUGCAUGAAGAAAGUUCGGAGAAAAAUGAAGUUUCCUGAAUCAUCGAUUAUAUAUAAAAUCAGUAUAGCAUUUUGUCAAGUUUGCUGUAUCCUAUGCAGAUAAAUGUGAAUUGUUAUUCUGAAACUACUGCCAGUAUGUGUAUUCUUUGUGUUCUGCCUUAACUGCAUUGUUUUAUAAAACCAAUAGAAUUACAUGGCUGUUGCGUUGAUGUCAUUUAAUUGGAUAUGAGAUGCUUAAGAAUUUUGACUUGAUGGUGCAGUCUUUAACAUGCUGUAUUGUGAUACAGGCUGGGAGCAUAAUUUAAUGAUUGCAAUCAGCCUGACCAAUAUUAUAAGAGCUUAUAUUUCUUACUGAAUGUCAUAAGACACUGAAUGUAGCUAAACAAAAGUACUGGAAAUGUUAGUCACACUUUCCAUGUAAUCUAAAUGUGACAUGUGCUUUGGUUUAAAAAGUUAUUUCAGAAAAACUGAUCACUAUUCUAAUGAAAAUGUUCUUUCAUCAUUUGAUAAAGUUAUUGGUAUGCCUUCCAGUAGAUGUUCAAAUAUUUAGUGUCAAUACAUUCCUUCUGAUUGGUCCUGACAUUUCUUCUGGUUAUAGAUUUUAUCAAAAAAACUUCCAAUGUCUCAUCAAAAUAUCUGGUACCAACAAAAUACUUGAUGUUUGAAGAUAAUUUCAUGACGCAAUUUUUAAACCUUGUAAUAGAAAACAAUUUGAUAUCUUUAUCAUAAUAAUAUCUGAUCUUAAAUUUAGAGGUUCAAGUUUUCUAACAAAAGAAAUGUCAUAACAUGAAGGAUUAUUGAACUAGAUAACAUUUGCGUGAACAUAUUCAUCUUUUCUGUGUACCAUCUAGGAACAAACCAAAUUUUGUGGUUGGUUAUUUUUUUGGCUUGCAUUACAUCAAGUUUGGAAAAUGUUAGCCAUAUCAGUGAGGCAUCACAACCUGGCUUGUCACUAGGUACAUAUUAAACUUCAGUGAGCCAUUGCAGAUCCAGAGAUUUCAUUUUCCAAAGUUUUUCUGGAAGAAAUGCUCAGCCUUUAAACUAAAACUGUAUAUGCCAGUACAGUUUUAAUUCAAUAUAAAAUACAAUUGUAGAAAGAUAUUACUUACUCAAAUAUGCUUAUUUUCUUAUCUGACAAUCAGUUUCUAUUCUGUAACAAAACAUUUCUCCUGUGGAUCUGUAAUAUGCUUGCCCUUUUCUGUAGUUCUUGAAUUCCAUAACAGUGCAGCUUCAAUAUGAACCUAUGCAGUAGAUUGGUAACAAAUAAAGCAUUCCUUUUUCUAGUAUACAGUCAUACAGCAGAUACAGUGUUAUCUAGUGACAGCCACAAUUGUUCAUGUAGGCAAUGACAUGGAAGUACGAUUUGAAAUAAAAAUAUGGUUGUGAUUAGAAAAGUACCAUUGCAGGUGAAUAUAAACAUUGUUAUAUUAAACUGUGGCAAUAUUUUAAUUGAUUUUUGAAUUAGGUGUGAAAUUCAUGUUUUCCUCAAUACUCCUUGGAACUCCUGUACUGAGUCAAUUGUAUGCGACUUGCGUUAAAUAUUAUGUAGUGAUGUUAUUGUUCAGCUUUCCAAAUAACAUUGCAUAGUAUUUAAUGUGAAGUCUUUUUUCCUACUCUAUAUGAAUAUUUUAAGUUAUUUGCAAUAAUAUUUACACCAAGUUUGUUAAAGAAAGUAUGAGAGAGUA